GAUAAAAGAACACCGUUUAUGAAAAAGAAGCAAAUCAACACACACACAUAUACAAACAUACACAUACAUACAAAUACACACAUACGCAUACAUACACAUACACCAUACAUACGCAUGCAUACACAUACAUAUACAUACACGUAUAUUAUGCAUACACUUACAUACACGUAUACAUACAUAUACAUAUAUAUACACGCACCAUAUACAUAAUACACACAUAUAUACACAUGCAUACACAUACAUGCAAAUACACACAUACACAUACAUACACAUAAAUACACAUACACAUACAAACACACAUACAUAUACAUAUAUGUACACAUACAUAUACAUAUAUAUGUACAUAUACACAUACACAUACAUACACAUAUACAUACAUACACGUACACCACACAUACACCUACAUACACGUAUAUCAUCCAUACACUUACAUACACGUACACAUAUAUAUACAUACACAUAUGCAUACACAUAUACACACAUCCAUAUGCACAUAUAUACACAUAUAUAUAUAUAUAUAUAUAUAUAUAUACAUACACAUACCCACACACAUAUACACACAUCU